AUGGUAGGCCACCUGACCAUUGCAGCCAGCCUCCUCCUCCUGGCCCUUGGGGCCCACCACGUCACCCCCACAGGCUCCGUGGUUAUCCCGUCUUCCUGCUGCAUAUCCUUUAUUUCCAAGAAAAUUCCUGAAAGCCGAGUGGUAAACUACCAGCUGUCCAACAGGAGCAUCUGCCCCAUAGCAGGGGUGAUCUUCAUGACCAAGAAGGGCCAGAAGGUCUGUGCCGACCCCAAGCAGCAGUGGGUCCGGAGUUACAUGAAGAACCUGGACGCCAAGCAGAAGAAGGCUUCCACUCGGGCCCGGGCCUAG